AGAGAUGCGGCUGCUAUCCAUGAGUUUCCGUCCCCUUCUGUUGUUGCUGGACUCGUUUUUUGCAUGACGUGAUCUGGACUAAUUGCUGGUGCUUCCGUUGUUAUUUCAACGCUGCAUUAAUUAGACGACCUCAUUUUUUUUUCUUUUCUUUUGGCACAUUCGGCAGCACCGUUCUGCAUUCCGCUCGUAACUGAAAAUAGAUGCAUCCCGUUUUUCCGGUUACGGCUGCAUCUUUUUUUUUACGGGGCAUUUCCGCGGCUUUCCUGGCGUGCAGUGCGGCUGCGCCGCGGCCAACCCACUCGCUCAGCAUUCGGGGCAUGCCGCGGUUCUCGCGGCUGUCCGCACCGCCGAGCUACACGCCGACCAUGCUAGCGGCUAACCCGUCCUCGUUCGGGGCGACGCUGCCCCGCUGGGAACGGUCCAUGUCGGGAUGAGAGUUGUUCGUUGAUCCCCGUGGAGACGCGCGGUUCCGGUGGUCCCCGGGCUUUGCUUACGUUAACCGGUGGAAUAGAUCCCGCUCUCUCUCCCGCUCCUGCGGAGGUCAGAAGGGAUGGACGGCAAAGGCAGCUCCCUGCCCUCGAUGCCUGAACCAGCCAACCCCGUCAGCAUGAAGCAGCCCCCCGAGUCCCUGAGCGUGCGGAAAGCCCUGGGGGACGUGACCAGCGACCCUGCUCUGCUGAUGGACAAGGCGGCGGCGCAGCUGGCCGCCACUCUUCAGGACGGCGUCCUCCAGAAGAUGGCUGGCCACAACCACCACACCCACGAGAAGCUCAAAGACCUGACGGCCCUGGUGCUCAACGGGGACCAGGACGCGGUGCUGCCCCAGCUCUGCGCCCCAGAACCACCCAUGUUCAAGGGGGCCGAAGCUCCCACCGCCACCGGCCCCCACCAGCUCAACGGCACGGCCCACGCCGAACCCGAGCUCACCGUCUCAGUACCGCAGGUGGUCCAGCAGCCGUCGCUGGAGCCGUACUGCGCCAACGGGGUCGGCUUGGUCACCGAGGACACUUUGUCUGGUCCUGAUGGGAGGCAUGAGGUGAAGAAAAGGAGAGGAACGGCCAACAAACCGAAGGCUCAAGUAAACAGCACCUUUGUCCUUCCUGUGGAUCACGAAAACACUGGAGAAGAACCCGCAGUAGCUCAGCCGGCUCUGAUGUCAGCGCUUCCUGGAGGGGAGUGUCCUUCGCGGACGCGGUUCUGUCCUGGAGAUGUGGUUUGGACCAAGGUGUCGGGUUACCCCUGGUGGCCUUGCAUGGUGACCAACGACCCAGAAUUCAACAGUCACUUUAAAGAGAAACAGAAGGCGGUGACCUGCGAGCUGGACAUCCUUUACCACGUUCAGUACUUUGGAGAUGCUGCAGAAAGAGGCUACGUCUUUGAGAGGAACAUGGUGUCCUUCAGCGGCGAGGAGCAGUACCCCGAGCUCUGCCAGGGCAUCAGGCUGCCGGGCUCGUGUGUCACCCAUAGAAAGACGUCUGCCUCCGUGCCCCAAAAACUCCAGGCCCAGUGGAACAUGGGCGUCAUUCAGGCCAAGGAGGCUCUCUGUAUGCCGCCAGACGAACGCCUGGAAAACUUUGGGUUUCUGUACAACGAGGAGGGCCCUCAGCUGAACCCCCACAUUCUGGAAAAGCUGAAGCCAGAGGAUUGUGACGACGGGGUCCUGGACGGCCAAGCCAGGCUGCUUUCAGACCCGAAUUCCUCGUCUUCAUCAGAUUCUCUGGCGGAACCAGUGGCUCAGAAGAAGAGGAGGAGACCCAGACAGGCUCAGACCAAGGCAGACAAGAGGAAGAGCAAAUGUGCGGCCAGCAGAACCCGCGACCCGGUCAAGACGAAAAGAAAACCAAAGUUGCCUUCUUCAACUGAGGAUCGUUUGGGAACAGUGAGAAGAGAGCGAAGGAAGAGAUCCAAAAGGCCUCAAGCGGGCGCUGCAGCUGACAGAGAUCAACCGCCUAGAAGAAGACGCAGCGCUCUGAAAGAUCCAGAGAAGCAGGCCUCCACCUCAGAGGGUCCAAACAAACGGAGGAGGAAGACGAGGGAUGGAGGUGAAGCCCGCAAACGUGCAGACAAGUCACAACCUCGCCUUCAAGAGGACCAGAGUACAGAGAAGCCCAAGAGACGGAGAAAAAGGAAACAGGACGGAGAGAUGAAGACGUCCAAAGCAAAGAAGAGGCGGUCCUCUCCCUGUCCUGAUGCUGAGGGCUCCGGGAGCGAGGAACGGCCCGAUUCUCCGAGCGACAGCUUGGACGGGACCAAGAAGGGGGAGAAGAGGAAGGAGUUUGUCUGUCAGGUGUGUGAGCAGGCAGGUGAGGACCUGGUUCCAUGUGAAGGCCAGUGCUGCGGCAUGUUCCACCUCCACUGCCUGGGCCCGUCCUUCAAGCCCGAAGACAAGCUGCUCUGCCAGCAGUGCCGAGCCGGAAUCCACUCCUGCUUCGCCUGCAAGCAGUCGGAGGGCGAGGUGCGCCGCUGCCACGUCGUGCACUGCGGCAAGUUCUACCACGAGGCCUGCAUCCGCCUCAACCCGCUCACGGUGUUUGACAACAAGGGGCUCCGCUGCCCCCUCCACGCCUGCCUCUCCUGCCACUACGGCUCUCGCACCAAACACAAGUCUACCAAAGGUCGGUUGAUGCGCUGCCUUCGCUGUCCGGUGGCGUACCACGUCGGCGACCUGUGCGUGGCUGCAGGCAGCGAGAUGAUCACGAACACGGCCAUUGUCUGCACCAACCACUUCAACGCCAAGAAGGGCUACAGCCACCACAGCCACGUCAACGUCAGCUGGUGCUUCGUCUGCUCCAAAGGAGGUCAGCUGCUCUGCUGCGAGUCUUGUCCUGCGGCUUUUCACCCGGACUGCCUGAACAUCGCCAUGCCCGACGGCAGCUGGUACUGCAACGACUGCAGGGCCGGGAAGAAGCCCCGGUACAGAGACAUCAUCUGGGUCAAGCUGGGAACGUACAGGUGGUGGCCGGCAGAGAUCCAACACCCUAGAAACAUCCCCACCAACAUCCAGCACCUUCGGCAUGAAAUCGGAGAGUUCCCGGUCUUCUUCUUCGGCUCCAGAGAUUACUUCUGGACCCACCAGGGCAGAGUGUUCCCCUACAUGGAGGGCGAUCGGGGCAGCAAGCACCAGAGGACGGGCAUCGGCCGAGUCUUCAAGAAUGCUCUGCUGGAGGCUGAAGCUCGAUUCAAGGAGAUGAAGAUGAAACGGGAGGCCAAGGAGGCUCAGGAGAGCAGCCGGAAACCGCCGCCCUACAAAUUCAUCAAGGUCAACAGACCCUACGGCAGAGUCCAGGUCUACACCGCCGAUGUUUCCGAGAUCCCCAAGUGCAACUGCAAGCCGACGGACGAGCGGCCGUGCGGGUUCGAGUCCGAGUGUCUGAACCGCAUGCUGCAGUACGAGUGUCACCCCCAAGUGUGUCCCAGCGGCGAGCGCUGCUGCAACCAGGACUUCACCAAACGUCUCUACCCCGAGACCAAGAUCAUCAAGACGCCCGGCAAGGGCUGGGGCCUGGUCGCCCUGAGGGACAUCAAGAAGGGCAAGUUCGUCAACGAGUACAUUGGAGAGCUGAUCGACGAGGAGGAGUGCCGAGCCCGGAUCAAGUACGCUCAUGAAAACAACAUCACCAACUUCUACAUGCUCACCAUCGACAAGGACCGCAUCAUUGACGCCGGCCCAAAAGGGAACUACUCCCGCUUCAUGAACCACAGCUGCCAGCCCAACUGCGAGACACAGAAGUGGACGGUGAACGGAGACACGCGCGUGGGCCUGUUCGCCGUCUGCCACAUUCCUGCAGGGACGGAGCUGACCUUCAACUACAACCUGGACUGCCUCGGGAAUGAGAAGACCAUCUGUCGCUGCGGCGCUCCCAACUGCAGCGGCUUUCUGGGGGAUCGGCCCAAGAACUCAAACGGGCACGCGGCAGAACCCAAAGGCAAGAGGCCGAAGAGGAAGUACAAGAAGAGGAGGAGCGAGGGCAAAAAGAAGUCGGAGGACGAGUGUUUCCGCUGCGGAGACGGAGGCCAGCUGGUGCUGUGCGACAAGAAGACCUGCACCAAGGCCUACCACCUGUCCUGCCUCAACCUCACCAAGAGGCCCUUCGGCCGCUGGGACUGCCCGUGGCACCACUGCGACGUCUGCGGGAAGAACUCCGAGGCCUUCUGCCAGCUCUGCCCCAACUCCUUCUGCAAGGCCCACCAGGAGGGGGGGCUGUGGCCCCGCCCCCCCGGCGGCGAGCUGUGCUGUCUGGAGCACGACGAGCUGGAGGGCGCGAACGGCCCCGCCCACGACCCGGGCUCAGUGGGCGGUGCUGCCGCGCCCGCUCCGCUCAGCCGCUCCAGAGGCUCCCGGAAGGCGGAUAGGCCCGGCGGCAGAACCAAGAGCUCCAAACGGAAAGCAGCAGAAGCCUGAAAGGUCGCUUCCGGACCCGGCACUGUUCUCCGGACCCCCGCCUCAUCAGGGAAACGGUUUCUCCACGUCUUCAGGUGCUCCAGCCGAGCUGCAGAGGCGCACACACCUGGACCUGCAGCCGCUGGAGGCUCACAGCUCUGAUUUUUACUUUUUUAGAGAACAUCCAGCUGGUUCCUGCUGACACCCCCCCCCCCCCCCCCCCCCUUCCCCAAACGUCCUCAGAUCAUGGUUCAUGGUUUUAUCACGUCAUCUGUGGACAUAAAAUACCAAAACCAGAAUUUCUGGUGGAGUGAGAGGUUGCCAAAUUAUCGUUUUUCCUCAUUUUUUAUGUGUAGUUCAUACGUGUUGCAGAAGGCAACACGCACACAGUACGGCUCGGCUUUAGAGGGCCGCUGUGCUGUCUGCUAGCCUUAGAUCAUGUAAGCGUUUAGCCACGUAGGUUAGGGUUAGGUUGGAGCUGAUGAUGAUGAUGUCACACCGUGACCUUUCUUCGGCGUCUGACUGCUGCUGACCAGCUCCUCUGUUUCUUAUGUGUAGGCUUUUUUUUUGUGGUUAUUUUGAAUAAAAUUGCACCGUUGGAUGAGUAGUGUCGUUAAAGUCUGUUCAGACUUCAGGAAACAGCAGAGCAUUAAAAACAGGAAGUGAAACAUCCGUCAGGCGUGUGGAUGCUGCUCCACCUGUCCUCACCUGCAGCACGUCUCACCUGAGUCCUCGUCCCAACGCUGAGUGAAUGUAGUGCAGCCCGUUGUUUCUGUGAGCACUGUAGUGUGUAGAUCCACUUGUAACUACUGUCAUUAGCAGACCAGAGACUAAUAUGUACAUAAUGUAUAAGUGCUAAUAGUGAUAUUGUAAAUAUGGUUCAGGUGUCGUCCUGAAACUCUGUCUGCAGGAUCUCACCUCCGAUGAGCCGAGCAAUAAAGUGCAGGAACCUUCA